CUGAAUGCGACUGCAACUCGGAGUGGGAAUGCGUUUGUUUUGGUUGUUUUUAGUUGUUUUUUUUAGCCUUGCUGAAGUAAAUUAUGUUGAAGGGCUCUUUAGUUAAAUGUGUUUUUACAAUGUGAAAGGCAUGUUGGGGUUAAGUUGAGCCAUUGUUACUAACUUCACAUCGUUUUUAUAGCCAUUUAAGCUAGCGCGACCUACAAAGUUGCCAUGUUCGGUCGCAGACAUGCAUUGGAAAACCUUUUCUGUCUUUGCGUUACUUUUUAACAUUGCCGAAAUUUCAAAAACUUCAUAUGUCAUCACAGUUGAUGUGGGGAGACCAGUAGGAUAUCUUAAACAUUUCUGGAGAAGUACUGGUUUCUGUCCCCCGCUCCCUCACACUGAGGCACAACAGUUUGACCUGAGCAUCGACCAGCAGCUGAACCUGGCCUAUGUGGGCUCAGUCCCCCAUGGAGGGAUCCAGCAGGUCCGGAUACACUGGAUGCUGGAGCUGGUCACUGCACAAGAUAUUGGAGGACAGCCCAACUACAACUUCACUAAACUGGACCAGCUGAUAGAACUACUGUGGAUUAAUGGACUCCAACCAGGUUUUGAACUGAUGGGCAGCGUCUCUAACUAUUUCACUGACUUUGAAGACAAAUCACAAGUGGUAGAGUGGAGAAAUUUGGUUUAUCUCAUAGCCAAGAGGUGCAUUGACAAGUAUGGCCUGGGAAGUGUCUCUCAGUGGAACUUUGAAACAUGGAAUGAGCCCAACAACCAUGACUUUGAUAAUGUCACCGUGUCAAUUCAAGGGUUUCUCAACUACUAUGAUGCCUGUUCGGAGGGUCUGCGCGCUGCCAGCAGUCUCCUGAAGUUUGGGGGUCCGGGAGACUCGUGUCAUUCCCCCCCACACUCCCCAUACUGCUGGGCCAUGCUGCAGCACUGCUACAACGGCACCAACUACUUCACCAGAGAGACGGGCGUCAGGAUCGACUACAUCGCCCUGCACAAGAAGGGAGGAGGCUACUCCUUGCCCAUCCUCCAGCAGGAGAUCCAGACAGUGGGAGAGAUCCAGGAGCGUUUCCCCCGGUUCCGCAGCCUCCCUGUUUACAAUGAUGAGGCCGAUCCGCUAGUGGGCUGGUCCAGGCCUCAGGAGUGGAGGGCUGAUGUGACCUACGCUGCCAUGGUGGUGAAGGUCAUAAACCAGCACCAGGAUCUGCUGCUGGCCGACCCGAACAGCACCAUCAACUACACCCUGCUCAGCAACGACAAUGCCUUCCUCAGCUACCACCCGCACCCCUUCACCCAGCGCACGCUGACCGCACGCUUCCAAGUCAACAACACCCAGCCGCCUCACGUCCAGCUGAUCAGGAAGCCUGUCCUCACUGUCAUGGGCCUGCUGGCUUUGCUAGGAGAGACGCAGGUCCUGGCUCAGGUUUUGAGCUCCGCAGGAACUAUCAACAGCACGGUGGGAGUACUCGCCAGCAGCCACAAGCCAGUGACAGUGGGCGGCUCGGACAGCUGGCAGGCAGCAGUGCUGGUCUACAACAGUGACGACAACAGCACCUCCACUAACCCUGAUGAUGUCACCGUCUCACUGAAAGGACUGGCUGCGCAGAAGGGUCUUGCGUAUGUGGCAUAUUAUAUUGACAACAAUGUGACCAACCCGUACCAGCUGUGGCAAAGCAUGGGCAGCCCCGACUACCCCACAGCAGAACAGUUCAGGCGCCUCAGGAGUGUGCAGGACCCUCAUGUUGAUGGACCCUGGGAAGUUCCUGCAGCAGACACUCUGACUCUGAAAGCUAAACUGUCCGUGCCCUCCGUCCUCCUCAUCCAUGUUUGUGCCCAGCCCAAAGCCGUGCCAGACCAGGUCAAUGGAUUGCACUUCAUCAGGAUCACCAAAGGCCAAGUCCUGAUCGUCUGGUCAGACCACUGUGUCGAUUCUAAAUGCAUUAAGACAUUUGAAGUGGAGUUCUCCACAGACCACAAGGAAUUCAGCAGAAUUAACACUCAAGACACCAUUUUUACUUCUUAUGUUUAUUCACCUGUGGACGGGGAGGCUGGCGGUCUGUACAGGGUCCGAGCUGUGGACUACUGGGGAAGGCCUGGCCCGUACUCGCUGCCAGAGAGCUACUCAGAGGAGCACUAGACCACGGGCAAGUCUGUUAGCAUUCUAAUUGUGUUUCUGAAUAGUUUUGUACAAUGUAAAUACAUUUUAUAGAAAUGAAUGGGCUGAUUAUAUAUACAGUAUGCUAUACAAGUGCUGUGCCAUCUGACCAAUCACAUUGUAAGCAUACAUUUAUUAUUUAUGCUCAUGGUGUGUUUCACAGAAAUACAGGCAUCACAUGUUUUAAUAGGGUAUAGAAGUGGUUGUAAUUUGAAAGACUCUGAGCCUGUUAGAUAAAAGUGACUAAAGACUAAUAAUUAUCCGCAAACAUUAUCAGCUCAAAUACAUUCAUUUCUGAAGCAGUUGUUGAUUUAUUGGAGGUGGAGAUGGAUAAAGGGAUAUAACACAUCCAGUCUUGGCGGAAUUUUUUUUAACUAGUAACAUGUAAUUAUAAUUUUGGAUUAAAAGAAGCGGUAUGGCUGGCAAUUGUAGUUUGUAAUUGUAAACAAAUCCCAUGAAAACAUCAAAACCACAAGGUGUCAGUCGGUCUCAGCCGGGAUCUAACUGGUUUCUCCCGAAGAUGUAAAACGGGUCACUAAUAAUAAUAAUAAUAAUAAUAAUAAUCACUAAUAUAUAGUUUCUCAUUUUUUAAAGGCUAAAUCAUUUCUUAAAAUAGCCCAGCACUGUAGUUUUUAGCAAACAUUACUCAAACAGAAGUAAAUAGCACAUUUGUUGGGGACUAUUUUCAGCAGUGGAUUAAUACACAUUUGGUGCUUUAGUUUUUAUAUCAUGUUGGACAAUAGAGCUCCAAGGCACCGAAAAUAAGAUAUAUCGGGUUUUGGAUCACAGGCAGUACUUGUUAUUUGGACCAAUUCCUUGUUGAUUUUGGUCUUUUCGUUGGAUAUUUGUUGACAAUAACAAAAUUUAGAAUAUCGCCAGACUUGUCCUUUUUAAUAUAUUUACACGUGAAAAGGCCAGCUGUGUUAUACAUCCUUUAAGACAACUUGUUAACCAAGUGUUUUUUAAUUGUUCAUGCUUGUUGUGCAGUUGCACAUAAUGUGUCGUUAUUAGUAUGAAAGGAGAAGUAAAAAACAUAAAGUCACCUAGCAAUGAGACGUUAAUAAUCUUUUUUUUUUAUCUUUAAUCUAUACAUUUGUUAAAUUCUAUUUUUAUACUCUAAA